AUGAGCGUGGAACGACCACGCCAUAACUGUGUGUCCGCAUGUAAAAACACGCUUACAUUGUGUAAGGAUAAAAAUCCUUUCAUGCUUGAUAUAGCAGUUAAAUUCACAGCGGUUAGGGAGAAAAAUGAAAUGAACAUUAACGGCACCCUGGUCCGCGUAGGUGUUUCGAAAUGCAAGGACGACAUAGCAGACGACAGUAUUUCGGAGACACUAGACAAGUUACACCAUGAAGAGAAGACAUACCGCGAAGCCUUAGUGGCAAAGAAGGAUCCGGAUGCGAUUGAGCUAAAACGAAGCAGAAUGCAAGACGCCCUAGAGGAGUACACGGACGCUCUCUGUGCCUGGGUCCAAAAGUAA